AUGGUUAACUGGGUAGGAAAACUUAUUGGUCUAUUGAUGUGUUUGCAAUGUGUAACACAGUUACAUGGAAUGUUCAUGAAGUUCACAAAUGUGACUUGCGAAAGCAAGGACUUCAGCAAGAGUAGAGUGGAGUACUGUGAGGUGAAGACCCUGGGAAAGAAUAAAAACAGUAUUCGACUGCGCUACAGUAUGCUCCAGCCAGUAUUCGACAAUAUAGGGUUUCAUUUUCAGCUAAUGACGAAGGGUAGUGAAAGUGUCGACGGGACUCCAAAUUGGCAACCCUUUCUCUACGCUGUAAACCUUGAUAUGUGUCGAUUUUGGAAGAAUCGCCACAAUCACUUGGCCAAGAUGGUGUUUGAAUUUAUAGAAGGCCACUCAAAUCUGAACCACAGUUGCCCCUAUACGAAAGAGAAAUUCAUUUCUAUCGAUGACGUUACAAAUACUGAAGUCUCUAGCAUGAUUCGUGGUAUUCCAAUGGCCAAGGGUUUUUACUCCUUGUUUACCAGGUGGUCAACUGAAAACAUAACGCGAGUUCUGACCAACUUUUACUUUGAAGUUUUGAGUGUUUAA